UUUUUCAUUCGCGCUCAAUGCGUCCGCCACUGCGACGCGUUGUGGGUUGUGACAGCCCGUUGUCUAUGGGAGUGUUUGCUCGUAUUGAAUUUGUGACAAAAUAUUACAUGUACGGUGAAUUACGGGAAAUUAUUUCAUUUCUCGCAUGACAGUGAAUAAAAUAAGCGUUUGAAUAUGGCGUUGGAGGGUGUGAAAAGUGAAAAAAGUGAGGAAAACAACGGCAACGUACCAGACGGCAAGGCGAACGGGAUCGACAACAAAAGUAAACAGAUAGAACCAAACACAGCAUUCUUGCGAGCGGCGCGCGCCGGUCAGCUCGACACAGUCGUCGAUCUUCUAGACUCAGGCGCCGUCAAGGACAUAAACACAUGCAAUUCGAACGGGCUGAAUGCGCUUCACCUGGCCGCUAAAGAUGGACACAUCUCCGUGGUCGAGGAGCUACUAAAGCGAGGCGCAACAGUAGACGCUGCUACUAAAAAAGGAAACACAGCACUCCACAUAGCAUGUCUCGCGGGGCAAGAAUCAGUGGCGCGGGCGCUGCUGGCGGCCGGGGCGAAGGCCGACGCCCAAUCAGCGGCCGGCUUCACCCCGCUGUACAUGGCGGCACAGGAGAACCAUGCUGGAUGCGUCAAGAUGCUGCUGGCUGCUGGAGCCAGUCAGACCCUGGCUACAGAGGAUGGCUUCACACCUCUCGCAGUCGCAAUGCAACAAGGCCACGACCGAGUAGUCGCAGAAUUACUGGAAUCAGACACGAGGGGCAAGGUUCGAUUACCGGCGCUGCACAUCGCCGCUAAGAAGAAUGACGUCAAAGCUGCUACACUGUUGCUUGAGAACGAACACAACCCAGACGCCUGUUCGAAGUCAGGGUUCACGCCACUGCACAUAGCGGCGCACUACGGCAACGUGGGCGUUGCGCGGGCGCUGCUGGCCGCCGGCGCCGACGCAGGCCGCGCCGCCAAACAUAACAUCACACCUCUACACGUCGCUAGCAAAUGGGGACAGUUGGCUAUGCUUGAUCUGCUUGUGGAGAAUGGAGCCAACAUAGCGGCGGUGACUCGAGACGGACUGACUCCACUGCACUGCGCGGCGCGCUCCGGACACAGCAACGUGGUGGCCAGGCUGCUGCAGCAUGGCGCGCCUAUCACUAGCAAGACUAAGAACGGUUUGACCCCUCUCCACAUGUCCGUACAAGGCGAACACGUGGAGACGGCCAAAGUUUUGCUGGCAGAGGGCGCUCCCAUCGAUGACGUCACUGUCGACUAUUUGACGGCUUUACAUGUCGCUGCUCAUUGUGGACACGUUAAGGUGGCAAAACUCCUUCUAGACAGGAAUGCGGACGCCAAUGCGCGGGCAUUGAACGGGUUUACUCCAUUACACAUUGCUUGCAAGAAGAAUAGGCUCAAAGUCGUUGAGCUGCUGCUUAAAUAUGGCGCUAGUAAAUCAGCGACCACAGAGUCCGGGCUGACACCGCUGCACGUGGCGUCAUUCAUGGGCUGCAUGAACAUCGCGCUCGUACUCAUCGGCGCAGGCGCACCGGCCGACGCCGCCACCGCGCGGGGGGAGACUCCCCUACAUCUCGCUGCCAGGGCGCACCAAACUGAUCUCGUCAGGGUCCUGCUUAGGAACAAUGCUAAGGUGGAUGCGCGCGCCCGCGAGGAGCAGAGCCCGCUGCACGUGGCGGCGCGGCUGGGCCACGCAGACAUCGCCGCGCUACUGCUGCAGCACGGCGCCGACGUCACCGCCACCACCAAGGACAAGUACACGCCGCUGCACAUCGCCGCCAAGGAAGGCAAAGAAGAAGUAGCAUCAAUCCUCCUGGAGCACGGAGCAGCAAUAGAAGCAGAGACUCGCAAGGGUUUCACUCCUCUGCACCUGGCAGCCAAGUACGGAGACACGGGAGUGGCGCGCCUCCUGCUGGCGCAGGGCGCCGCCCCCGACGCGCCCGGCCGGUCACACAUCACGCCGCUACACAUGGCCACCUACUACGGACACCCUGACAUCGCGCUCUUGUUGUUGGAUAAAGGAGCGUCUCCACAUUCCCUGGCCAAGAACGGACACUCCGCCCUGCACAUCGCCUGCCGACACAAUCAUCCAGAUAUCGCCUUCGCAUUACUUGAACAUGAUGCGGAUCCCAGCGUGAAGUCGAAGGCAGGCUUCACUCCUCUGCACAUGGCGGCACAGGAGGGCCACGAGGAUUGUGUGGAGAUGCUCAUUGAACGAGGAGCUGAUGUCAACGUACCGGCUAACAAUGGUCUUACACCAGUCCACCUGGCAGCCUCGGAAGGUCGUACGGGCGUGCUGAAGGCGCUGAUGGCUGCGGGCGGCCAGGUCAACGCCCGCACCAGGGACGGGUACACACCGCUACACGCUGCAGCCCACCACGGACAUCAUGCUGCUGCCAAAACCCUGCUCGCUGCUAAUGCUGAUGUCACUGCUAGGGCUGCUCAUGGGUUCACCCCGCUGCACCAGGCGGCCCAGCAAGGCCACACGCUCAUCAUACAGCUGCUGCUCAAACAGAAUGCUGACCCCAACGCUCUAUCCGCUAAUGGACAAACGGCUUGCGCUAUAGCCGACCGUUUGGGCUACAUUAGCGCCGUAGAAGCUUUGCGGCCCGUCACUGAAAACACGCUCAGCCAAGCUGUUGGAGAUACCGGUGGCUUGGAAGGUAAAUACAGAGUGGCGGCACCCGAGCUAAUGCAGGACACAUUCAUGAGCGACUCUGAGGACGAAGGAGGCGAGGUAGAGUGCCCAAUCCAACAGCAGCAACAAUACCGCUACAUGAACAGCGAGGCGGGUACGCUGCACCGAGCGAAGCCGCUCGAGGACACGGUCACCGAUGGUCACCUGUGGCCCAGCAACAAUGACAGGAAGGUCGCCACCAUCGAUCGGCAGCCACUGGAUAUUGGUUUCCUGGUAUCAUUUGUGGUGGACGCGCGGGGAGGUGCGAUGAAGGCCAAGCGGCGCGGUGGCGUGCGCAUCAUAGUCCCCCCCGCCGCGUGCGCAGCGCCCACCCGCGUCACCUGCAGGGCUGCCACACGACGAGCCCCGGCCGCCGCCCCGCCACCACUCAUGGAGGGCGAAGCCCUAGCCUCAAGGUUACUUGAGCUACAACCACAGGGCGCUAAAUUCUUGGCUCCAGUGGUGAUCGAGGUGCCGAUCUACACGUCGUCGUGCCGCGAGCGCGAGAUCGUGGUACUGCGCUCCGACACUGGCGAGACCUGGCAGGACCACUACCUACACAACAAUGACAACCCACUGAUACAGGAAGCAUUACAACGCGAGCGCCAGGAGUACGGCGGCAACGAGACCAUAGGGGAGAGUGGGGAGCGGGUGACGCGGAUCAUCACGUGCGACUUCCCCCACUACCUCGCCUGCGUGUCGCGGGUGCGGCAGGAGGUCCACGUCAUCGGGCCCGAGGGAGGCACCAUCUCCAGUGCGCAUAUACCACAGGUCCAAGCCCAGUUCCCGGCGGCAGCGCUAACGAAGCGCAUCCGCGUGGGUCUGCAGGCGCAGGCGGCCAGCGCGGCGCAGUGCCGCCGCGUGCUGCCGCGCCACGCCGCCGUGUCGCCCGUGCUCACCGUCGAGCCCAGGCGGCGCAAGUUCCAUCGCUCUAUCACUCUCACUGCGCCCUUGCCGGCUUUGCCUGACAGUACGGAGAAGCCGUCGACGUCGAACCUGCGCCUGCUGUGCUCGAUAAUGGGCGGGCAGGCGCGCGCCGUGUGGGAGGACGUCACCGGCUCCACGCCGCUCACCGUCACCGACGACUGCGCCUCCUUCACCACCACCGUCUCCGCCAGAUUCUGGAUGAUGAACUGCCAGAACGUCAGCGAUGCUACCAAACUGGCCACAGAGUUAUACAGAGAGAUGUUGCUGGUCCCAUUCGACGUCCGCAUAGUGGUGCUGGGCAAGCGACUGGACGCGCUCGAGGGACGCCUGCUCGUCAUGACCAUCACUGACAGAUACGCUUACGAAACUCUAUUGCAGCAGGAACACUACACAGAAGUAGCCCACUCAACAUCGGUUCGAUUCCUGGACGGUAAAGACGUGUACCUGGAGUUCUCCGGCAACCUGGUGCCGGUCACCAAGUCCGGCAGCCAGCCCAUGCUGACUUUCGAGGCGUUCAAAGACAACCGCGUGGAGUUCACGGUACGCGUCAAGCACCACGAGGAGAACCCGUCCGGCAGGAUCUACUUCAUGAAUGAACCUAAGGUCCCGAAAGGCGAGCAGUCCCAGACCCCGGCGUGUGUCCUGGACGUGGAACUACCGGAGCGCAUCGCACCGCGCGCUGGCAAGAGCCAAGUCGACUACCUCAACUUGGACCAAUCUGGUUUCGACGCGCUGAAGGAUGAGCUGAGCUUCCACUGGGGAGGAGACCACAACAACAGCCUGGGACCUGGCUCCCUGCCAUACUCGCAUGAUAGACAGGUUAAUGGACAUGACAAGAUCAUUACAAACGGCGACGUGAAAUACCAAACGAAAGAAACUGAUGAUAGCAAAGAUACUAAACCUCAAGUCAAUGGCGGUGCUCUUCACGUAGACUCCAACAAGACUAAGGCAACAUUCGAUUCAGACGAAGAUAAGACCCCAAUGAACACCCUUGAGAAAGGCAAGAAGAAGCCAGAAGGUAGCGUGGGCUUCCUCGGCGGCCUCGCAGACAAGGUCAAAAACGUCUUCAGCCAUAGCGAGGACAAAGAAGAUGAAAAAGAAACCUCUCCCAAACCACAGCCUAAACCUAGAGAAUCCAAGGAAAGAGACUCCAAAGAAAGGGAUCCCAAAGAAAAAGACCCUAAGGAAAAAGAAAAGUCACCACCCAAACCUGCCCCCAGAAUCAUCAGCGAAGAUCUCCUAGGUAAAAUCGACGAUGUGUUCAAAGAUCUUAAAACUGCACCCCACCAGAAAGGGGACGACGAUAUCAGCAACCAGGUUUACGCAACCAAACUGGUUGUGGAUGAAGAAAACUCGAAACCCAUCGAAGAUAAUCUCUACGAACAGUAUGAACGCAUGCAGCCUGUUGAUACACCAGUGUGCUCCCAAAAAACAGAUCCGUUCCAAUUCUACGUCGGCUGCUGCGAAGGAAGAUAUAAGAAGGGCCAGAAACACCGACACGAUGAGACGUCUAACGUCGUCGACAGGAUAGAACAAGUCCACUUCGCUGCCCAUGAGAAACUCCACGAUGUGUCUGAUAAAGUUCAUGGUGAUUUAGCAGAAGGCUUAUGCAUUAUCGAAGAUGAAAAGGACAAAAUUAAACACAAAGCUGGUGACGCAGCCAAUGAUCUACUCGGUGAUCUUGAAAAAGCUAAAUCUGGUGCUCAGGAUAAAUUACACGAACUAGAAGAUGGUGCUCGCGGUAAACUUAGCGAUAUCGCGGAAUCAGCGGAGAAAGUUAAAGAUGAUGUGAACGCUAAGGCUGGUGAUUUGAAGAAUAACAUCUCUUCUGAAGUAGAGGAUGCUAAGAUUUCAGCUACAAACCUCGUUGACAACGUAAUCCAUCAAGCUGGAGUUGUUAAGGAUGAUAUCAACAGUAAGGCAAUGAUGAUCAAUUUCAUGGCCAUGGAAAGGGCUGAAGAAACGAAGCUCCGAGAAGGCGAGAAACUAGCUCAAGUAGGAAAAGCCGCUGAAGGUGCUGCCAACAAUAUUAAACACAAAGCACAAGAAGGCGCUAACGCAGUCUCCGAAGCUGUCCAUGAAGCUAAAGAUGCUAUCAGCAGUAAAGCUCAGGAUGUAAAAUCGGGAGCUCAAGACGCAUUAGACAACGCGAAGGCAUCUGCUAAUGAAAAACUCCAGUCUAUGGGCGACUCUUUUGAGGGAGUCAAGGAAAAAUCAAAGAAGGAACUAAAGAAAGAGGCCAAAGAAGCCAAAAAGAAGGCGAAGGAAGGCAAGAACUUCUUCACUGGUCUGGUCCACAAUAUCUUCGGGGAAAAAGAAAAACUCGAAGAAGAGGUGAAAGGUAAAAUCGCUGAAGGUAAGGAAUCAGCCAGCCAAGCUUUGGACAAAGCUGCAGCGAAAAAAGAUGAGCUGCAAGAUGCUGUCGCCAAGAAACAAGAUGAACUCAAAGAAGGAGCUGAACAACUUGCACAAAGCGUUGAAGAUAAGAAGAAGCAAGUUGAGAAGGCUGCUCACGAUAAGAAAGAUGAAAUUGAGAAAUCUAUUCAGGACAAGACUUCUGAAGCCAAGCAGGCCGUUGAAUCAAAAACUGGUGAAAUCAAGGCUUCAGUGGAAGGAAAAGUUGAUGAUGUAAAAGGCGCUAUUCACGACACGGCAGCAGCUGCCCAAGCAAAGGCCAGCGAAACUAAAGAUGCCAUUAAGAACAAAGCCAAUGAAGUAGGUGAUGCAAUCAAUGAAACCGCUUCAGAAGUCGGACAAGCUAUCCACGAUAAGACAGCCGAAGCUAAAGACGCUGUGGCUGACAAAUCAAAGCAAGUCAAAGACUCUAUCCAAGAAACCGCUGCUGAUGUAGGACAUGCCAUCCAAGACAAAACCGUCAGCUUUAAAGAUUCCGUGGUAGACGAGGCAUCAAAAAUAGGAGAUGCAAUCCACGACAAAACUAGCCAAGCUAAAGAAAAGGCUAGCGAAGUAGGACACGCAAUUAAUGAUGAAGCAAACAAAUUCGGACAAACAUUACAGGAAAAAACUUCUGAAGCUAAGGAUAAGGCUAAUGAAUUAGGACAAGCGAUACAAGACAAGACUGCUGAAGCGAAAGACAAGGCUAAUGAAUUUGGACAAGCGAUACAAGAUAAAACUGCUGAAGCGAAAGACAAGGCCAGUGAGAUCGGACACUCAGUACAAGAUGGCGCUAACAAAGUCGGACAAGCAAUCCAAGGCAAAGCCAGCGAAGCUAAGGACAAAGCGAGCGAAUUCGGCAACGCUGUCCACGACACAUUCACUGGCUUUGGAAGCGCAGUACACGACACGGCCAGUAAUGUAGGCAACAACAUACACGACACAGCAAGCAAUGUCGGUCACGCGAUCCACGAUAAGACCUCAGACGCUAAGGAUGCCGUAUACGAUAAAGCUGGAGAAAUUAGUCACGAAGUUCACGAGAAAUCACACGGUUUCGGAGAAGCUAUCAAGGACACGUUCAGCGGUAUCGGCCACGCUAUCAGUGAAACAUUCAGCUUUGGACACGACAAGGCGGACGAAGCCAAGGAUUUAGCCAAAGAAAAGGCUUCAGAAAUCAAAUCAUCAGUCGAAAGUACAGCCAGUGAACUAAAAGACGCAGCACAUGACAAAGCCAGCGAAGCAUCAAAAGCUAUUCACGACAAAACAGCAGCAGUAGACAGCGCGAUACAAAGCAAAACCGACGAAUUCGGACAGGCCUUCCAUGACAGCAAAGACGCAGCGAAGAACGAAUUGGACAGGAUAAGGCAAGAAGCUGAACUCACGACAGAACAAAUCAGUAAAUCAGCAGAAGACGCGAUAAAUGCAGCGUCAAACAAAAAGGGAGAAUUACAAACUAGUCUAAGCAACAAAUUCGAUGACAUCAAACAGUCAGGACAAGAAGAAUGGGAAUACUUACAACAAUCGGCUGCUGACAAAGCGAGCGACCUGCAGCGGUCGUCGAAACAGGCAUUCGAUCACGCUAAAGACUCAACCUUGAGUACUUUCGAUAAGGUCGAAAGUUCGGCGAAGGAUAAAGUGAGCGAGGCCAAGGAUAAGUGGGAUGAGAUGCAGAGCUCGACCAGGGACACGUUCGCCUCCAUGAGGGAUGACGUUCACAGCUUGGGCAGCUCUGCUGAAGACACUCUUCAUUCCUUCCAGAGUUCAGCCGGCAAUACCUUCGACAGUCUAGAUGACUCCGCGAAGCUAGUCCUGUCAGACACGCAGCAACAUGCUGAGGAGAGUUCAAAACAGUUGUUUGGUGACGUAAAGAGUAGUUUCGAGGGUUUCCAAGUAUCAGCUGAUAAUAAACUUGAGGAGAUCAAGGGUGCAGGCAAGGAGGGAGUAGAGGCUGUUGGUGAUAGACUGGGAGAGGUCGCGGAGGGCGUGCGAGGGGCUGAGCAGGCUGCUGCGGAGGCUGUCGCGAGGGAAGCAGACAACUUUACAAGCAGUCUGAACAAUUUGGGCAGUUCUGUCUUCGGUUCUUCAGGCAAAGGAUUUAUGAAGGAUUCGAGCACCAAGUUACUGGAGUCUGAAAAGUCACAAAGUUCCCCACACAAGAAGAGUUCCGGGAUACCGAAACUAAAGAGGAAGAAAUAAGGCGAACGAAAGGCGAACACGAUCUUCUUCGCAAAACUCCGGCGUAAUCCAUGAAGAAAUCCUCGAUGAACCAUCGCACCGCGUCUAUUAACACUAUACAAUUUAGCAUUAACACAACAUAUAUGGAAAAUACUGAAGAAGCAUAAAGUUUAAAAUGUCACAAAAUUCUAUCAACUUGUUAAAUAGUUGUUUUUGUAGAUACAAGUGUGUCUUCUGUAUUUUCCAUACUCUGUGACAUAAUUUUAAGACAAUUUUCCUUUUGAAAGUGAUGUUAAUGAAAAGUACACUUUAUUGUAAUGUAAUGUCGACUCAAUAUACAUUAAAAUAUAUCGCAGUAGUUCAUUGGCCGCGUUGUCAAGUGCUAAUCUAUUACGGCUAAAUGUCAAGGGUUGUCCCGUUGCUUUAGUAAAACAUCGAUGUUUAGAAAUUAAAUUAUAAAUGUCAAUUUUCAAAGCAAUGGAUGAACUUAAAUUCUUAAAAUCUUAAACUUGCAUUGUAACCCUGAAUUGCCUAGAAAUAUCUUGAAAAACUAAUUCGUGUGCCGUUUAAAGCCUUUACAAUAGUUAGGCUAAAUAAUUCCAAAAAAAUGUGUUCCAUUUUUAUAUUAAUUUGCUGAAUAGAGUCAGUAGGAGACUGUAGAUAGCGUCGAGAUUUAUAAACUUCAAAAAGUUCAUAUUUAUAGAAGUAAAAAUGUAUCUGAGUAGAACUGUUGCGUGAGCCUUGUUGUUAUGGAUAUCGGGAGAAGAAAUUCUAUUAUGAGAAGCCUGUAAUUUGUAAAAUUAAAUUAUAAAACAGCUACAAAGUAGAGGUGCUUGUGUAAAGUGAAAAAACUAAAGUUUUAACUUCAGUUUAUCGCCAGAGCGCGAAAAACUGGUGCCGAUAAUGCAAAAAUAAUUAUAAAAACCACCAAUUAUUCAGAAGCUAUUUCAAAUAGCUUGCGAUUAUAUUGGCUGCGUGUGGUUAUUAAAUAUUAAAUAUUGUAACUGUUUUUCCUAAAAAAUAGUUCGUAAGAUCGAUAGAAAAGCGAGAGCGUUAGUUUUAUCGAUAGUCUCAAAUGUUUGCAUCUAUGUAAGAAAAGUGUAUGCUUCGAUUCCCAAUUUGGUACGUCUCUUCCUCGACUUGAUAUAAAGCUUAUUGGUUCUCUAAUAUUGAAAUAAUAUCGAUACAAUAGUGGUGCUGAUUCUGACGUUGAAGAGUUUAUCGAUAUCGAUAUAUUAUGUAACAUUUUUGUCAUACUUCACUAAGAUAUUACGUGCACCGUUUAAGUAAGUUUUACCAUUUUAUAGCGUAACAAACAUAGAUAAAUUAAUAAUUUUAGAUAUUGUGCUAUGUACACGUUAACGCGAACGCGCGACAAUAGCGAAUAGACAUUAAAAAAAACAUAAAAUAUACAAUAAUGAAAUUAGUGGUUAAAUAUACAAAUUGUUUAAUUUAUCUACGUUUUACAAUAAAUAUUUAAAAAUAAUUGUAUAAGUUUUACAAUGUAAAAAAGUGACAGUUAAAGUUUGACAUUUGACAUCCUACCCACCAGUGUGUACAUGGCUUUGAACUAAAUGUUGCAAGAUUAAAAAAUAAAAUAUUUACUAAAUGUUUUGUAUGAUUCGAUUUAUUAAUGUUAUUUGCAUUUGUAUGUUAUCAAUCGUUUGAAAAUAUCUGUCUAUGUGUAAUUUAAAUUCUUGAGAUGGUAAAGUAUGUGUCUUGGAUCGACCUAGGAGUGUAAAUAACCUAAUUAUAGUUAUGUUAAAAAUUCACUAAAUUUUAUGCUCUUAAUGGAAAAAAUCUCUCAAUCAGGGCUGUAUUGUUGGAAAACAUACUUUAUGUUCAGUGUCUUAACGUCCAAAAUGAUUUGAAAUCAAGUGAUGAAUUUGUCUGUGUGUUACCACAAACCUACAUAACAUUUCGAAAGUACUGUGAUGCCAAAUAUGAAGUUUAUGUAAAGUUAACAUAAAUUUUGUUAAUUUAUUGAUAGAGUCUAUGUUCGAUAUAUUUAUUGCUUUUUAGUAAAUAAUAAAAUUAUUAAAAAAAAA